CUAGAGUCGGCUAACAGCCUGGAGGACUCGGCGUUCCGCGAAGGCUUCUCCUCUGGGCAGGCUCACGGCAAGCUGCACGGCACAUUUGAAGGGAGAGCUCUGGGUCGUGACAAGGGGUUCGAGCUGUGGGAUGAAGUCGGCUUCUACGAGGGGACGGCGCGGUUCUGGCGUGGCGUGCUGGCCAAGCAAGUCGAGUCCUUGCCAGUAGGGCAGCGGUCGCGCAAGCAAGUCAAGCAGCUGCAGCAUCUCGAGGCGUUGGAGACGUUGAUUGCAGCCUUUCCCACCAAGAACAAGAGCAGCGGGGGCGCAGCGAGCGUGGCGGGCAGCGCCGGCGAUGGCGACCAAGCUGCGAGCGCGAGCGUCGACGGAGCAGUGGAAGACGCCGAAACACUCAGCAAAAUGGACAUCUCCACUCUCCUGGAGCGCAUCCGCGCAAGGUACAAGGUCGUCUGCGCCUCGCUGGGCAUUCCUGCUCGUGGAUUGGAUGAGCGUACCACUGCAAGCGCGCCGCAGGAAACCAACAACAACGUGUCUUCCCCAUCGUUGCCCUCUUCGCCUUCUCGCACAGCUGCAGCCAAUACGGUCGUUGCCGGUGGCAAGACGGUCGAUCCUAAUCAGCUGCGCUUCUGA